AUGACGAGACUACUUUAUAUAAUAGAAUCGUCAGAUUUAACUCUCUCUAUAAGAGGCCAAACUUGUUGCAGGAAGGAAAAUGUUCCGUUGGACCAUUAUAUAAACCAUAUAAUGAGUGAAACAGGAACCACUGUCUUACUAAGAGGACAUGGUUCUGGGAAUUCUGAAAACGCACUGGACGAAGGUACAAUGUGGUUAUUAGCUAUUAGCUGUUACUGGAUUUACAUAAAUAUGUUUAUAUCAUACCCCAAGCUAUUUCUUACUCCACAGGAUGACUUAUGGCCUCUUGCAUCUCUGUAUUUACAGGUCUUCUUCAUUCCAAAAUCUGGGAAUGAGUCAAUUCUUAAAGAACGGGGUGCUUCCAGUUUGACUUCUUCAGUUGACGCAACUGAUGAUGCUUCUCAUGGAGCAGAAUUGAAAUCUAUGUGGUUGUCAAAUCGAGGAAUGCCUCAGGCAAGCAUUGUUUGCCAUCCUUGCACUUCAUUGAUUGGUGGAACAAGCUUUAUUGGUUAUGAAGGGAUAUAUCCCCAAGCCAAGCCUUUGCAACAAGUUGCCUUAGCCCUUAGACAGUCAACUUCUCCUGUUACUGCUGCAGUUGGUCCAACAACAUCUGCAAAUGCAAAAUUAACUAAAAAGGUGGGCCCCUCUGAGGAGAAGUGUCCCCCUCGGAGACGGAAGUUUCAGGAACUAUCCAUUGCUUCAAAAGGGCCAGCAAAUUCCCACCAGAAUAAAUUACAGGGAUCAGAAUUUCAAAUGCCACGUGAACUAACAUCACAUGUAGGUGCAAAAGACGUGCCAAUUAUGCCAGCUCCAAGGAAGCUGAUCCGGCCGUCCCCUGAUGUAAUUUCACCACCCCCUUCUAAGAGUAUGCCACCACCACCUCCUCCCAAGAGUAUGCCGCCUCCACCACCACUCAAGAGCUUGCUUCCACCGCCGCUUCCGCCGAAGCUCAGUUCAACUCCCAAAGUUCAUGAGACCAACAGCAAGCUGCAUAACUCAAAACCUGAACCCAGCCCUGAUACUUUAAUCAAGCUUAUGGAAUAUGGAGAUGAUGACGAUGACGAUCUCGAGGAAAACAUUGAGAAACCUUUUAAAAGCCUUUCAAGUGCACCGAAACCUUUCUGGGUUGUCUAAAAUAUGACUCGCAUGAGACCUUUGUAAAAGUACAUGUUCUUCGUCUUGAGCUUUGACGGCUGGAAAUAUAAUAUUUGGAAAAGGAUAAUUUAUCCAUUGCUGCUCUCCUUCAAUUGAGGUAGUUAAUUUUUACCUCUAUUGGUAUUUGGCUGCUGCUAGGACAGGGAGGAUAUGUUACAUUUUGUACGUAUAUGAUGCAACAGAAAGAAGACCUGUAACAUGAUGCGUGUUAUACACUUGACACAUAAUUUUUCGUUUAAGUACUAACACAGUCCAUCAUUGACAAGUAGAUUAAAUUCUUUAAAAUUCUUUAUUUAUAUAACAUAAA